UCGAAUCAUACGUCUGUUGGCUGGCGAACCCUCGAGAUGGCAUCCUUGUGAGUUUAGCGGAGGAAGGCUCGUUGUACACCCACAAAAGCCAGCCUUCCACCUCCGGUCUCUGCUUUCUCUUCGUCUCAGAUCUUUCUUCUUCGCUUCCUACGCAAACUUAGAAGAAGCCAAGGAAGAUAGCGAGGGAUGGGGAACGUAGAGACGACGCAAGCGUCGUCAUCUCGCCGUGAAGUCAGCUCGGAAAACCGCCCCGCCACCAUCGGUUGCAUGUCCGGCAUCUUCCGCCUGCUCUGCGUUCACCGUGACAGCUCCUCCCGCAAGCGUCUCACCUCCGGAAAGACGAAGGAGAAGCCUAGCGUCACAACUCCGUCAGGACCGACGGCACCUCCGCCCCCUCUAGUCGAAGAUGGUGACAAGCAGACAGGGCCCUCGCGGUGCUCCUGCGAGACGCCGGGGAGCCCUAUGAUCCCGCAGGACAUUCGAGAACCGGGCGCGGAAGCGGUCGUCGCUGCGUCCCCCGAAACCCCCCGCCGCCGACCGGCUCUGGUGGCCAGGCUGAUGGGACUCGAGGACCUGCCGGACAUCACGGUUUCUGUGACGCCGGAGGCGGCGGCGGACCAGCGGCGGGAGCUGCAGCGGGCUCUGGAGAAGUGCGACGAGGACCUCAGGGCCCUGAGGCGGAUCAUCGAGGCCGUCCGCUUGGCGGAGAUCCAGGCGAAGGCGGUCUCCUCCUCCGUCAGAUCGGCAGGGCUGAUCAAAUCGGACGGCCUGGAUGCAAGAAAGGAGUGCGAAGGCGAGCAGCCGAGUCCCGUCUCGGUCCUCGACGCGAUAUCGUCGCCUCGGUAUCGGUCAAAAAGAUCACCGAAUAAGAAGAAGGAAACGACAGCCGUCGGAUCCAGGAUCGUGAAGCCAUCACGUAUGGGUUUCCUCUUCGUGGGAGAGGGUUACAGACAAAAGCCACCGGACGCUGCCAAGUCGAUCGAAGCGAUGCCGUGGGUGGUCGAGCUAAAGGGGCGAGAGAUCGUAAGGAUGAUCGGAGGCGUUCGACGAAAGUGCUGGAGGAGGAGGUGGAGGAGCGCUAGCCGGGAGAUGGCAGAGUCAGUAGAAGAGGUGUGGGCGGACGUAGCGUGGGAGGAGGAGACUUGGGAGGUGGCGAGGGUAGGGGUGUGGAUGGAGAGUGUAAUAUGGAGGGACUUGGUGGAGGAGCUGGUGGUGGAGUUCUUGGGGUGGUGUUGCAGGUUGUCACUUCCAUUUGGGACUUGUAGGAAGAGAUUAUAUUUUUAA